CCUCAAAUUUGCAAACUCCCAUGAUCGCUACAUACGUGCAUGAUUACGACCGUGCUCGCGGCUGUCUAUCUUCCUAGCUCGAGCCACGCAAUGCUCACGUUCCAAUGCGCGACAUGCUUCCGAUUCCGUGGCUUCGUGCUCACCACUAUUUCUACAUAUCGAGUGGAUCAUGAUCAACCACCAGGGCAGCCAGGCUCCAGCGCUGCGGAGACGGAAAUAACCAGACGGAGCUCUACUAGAGCAGCAGAUCGGUGGUAGAGUAGUCCCUGGCAACCACGUCCCUGGCCAUCACUAGUCCUCAUUGGGGCCUGUCUCCAUUGUGGAUUCUCCAGGAUCGUUCCUCUGAAAGCGACUGUCCGGUGAAUUCUGCACGACCACCACGAUAUAGGCCGAGAGAACUUCACGGACGAUCACCUGGUUUGAGAAAACCCACCGCUGUCCGCCUCCGCAG